CGAAUAUUAAAUAUCACAAAAACUUCUAUUGGAAAAAUCACAAAAGCGAAAUAGAGUAUUUUGGUGGUAAAGCCGCUUAUUUCCAAUCAGCACCAACGCGAACCGCCUGCUCUGGAUAUUGUUGUGCGCGUUGACCUCUUUAUUCUUCGCGGGGCCUCCGCUCUUCGUCUCCAAGCACAAAAUCUAUAAAUAGCACACCACAAAACUCGGAUCCAUAUUCACAGAAAGGAAAUCAAAACCCAGAAACAAAGAUGGACGACAAAGAAGAUACCAACAGAGUCGGCGAAAUCGAGGAAUCGGACCCGAAAUCCGACGGGUCAUCCCGGAACCCGAAUCCGAUUCCGAAAACCGCGAGGACGAAGGUUCCAGAAGUGGAGGUCUACUUGUAUCGGCGAGGCAAAGGCCCGAUCGACACGUUCAGGACGAGCCUCGGGGGUUGGGACCAGAACCAGUUGGAGGUGCGAGACAUUCUUGACAAGUAUGGCUUCAAAUCGCUUUACGCUUUCAAUACCGGGUCGGGUCGCGGCGUUCCGAUCCGGUUUAACCCCAGGAACGGCAGGUCAAUGCUGGCUUAUAAAGAUGGAUCUACGGUUCACAUUGACGGAGAGCCCAAGGAUUCCUUGAUCCAACCGGUGACAAAAAUCUUGCUUGGAGUAGCUGUUAUAACCGUCUUGAUAACCUUGGUUUUGAGAGAUCCUCCACAGUGGGUCCAAAAAUUGAACAUUUCUGGCUUGAAUUUUCCUCCUUGGAUCAUUGCUCUGGUGGUAGUAGUUUUUACUCGGAUGAGGAAGAGAACCGGAGAUUUGCUGAAAAAGUAUGGUUGGUGAAAGGCGCCAUUGAUGCUUUCCCUUGUAAGGCCUUUUUGUUUCUCAAAUUUUGUUAAAAAGAAUUUGAUUCAGUGUCAACUGAAUUUUGAUGAUGAAGCAAGUGAUGCUCAUCUGGACGUCGUCAUAACUGUAAUUGGCGACAAGCUGCACUGAAAGAUAAAUUUGGUUAUGAAAUACCAAACCUCGGAAACAACAUUCCUAAGAUCA